AUGUUUAGGGCUGAGGAUUUUAAAAACUUUCUUGAUAAUUGUGGCAGCCGUUUAACGCACUUAAGAUUAGGAUACUCCGGCCCGUCUAUCAAUAAUCUUGCCCUACUUAAAAUUUCAGAGAUAUGUGUAAAUUUGAAAGAAUUGAAUCUAGAUUAUUGUAAUGGCAUAGAUGACAAAGGAUUUUCGUAUCUCGAGAAAUUAAAUGGUUUGGAACAUUUAAACCUUUGUUAUACAAAUAUAAAUGCUGAAUGCUUUUACAAAAUACUACAAAAAAAUCCACGGAUGCGUGAGUUCAAUUUUGAACCUGGAGUCUAUAUAAAAAAUACAGCUGCAACACAGUUUAUAAAUGUGUGUCCUAACUUCGAAGUAAUACGUUUAGAGAACUGUCUUAAUCUUACAUCGCAGGAUAUUGACGUUCUCGCUGACUGUAAGAAUUUACGAAAAGUGUACCUUCCCCAAUUCCAACCUCCAAUCGCUGAUGAUUGCUUGCACAGAUUACUUCCAUCCUGGCAACGCCUGGAAUUAGUUGCAUUGCGCUGUAUUGUCCUCACUAAUCACAAUUUGAAAUUAUUAACGCAGUGCAAAAACUUAAAACAGUUACAACUUUAUUCGGUGAAACUUGUUACACCUGAUAAGUGUUUUACUAUUUUGGAACAAUGUCCAAAACUGCAAGAGUUUCAUCUCAUACAUUGUAACAUUGACGAUUGUUUGGUUAACGAAUGGAAGGAAAGAUAUCCGCAUAUUGAAGCAUCAAUGGCUGAUCACAGCAUCGCGUAUUAUCGCAUCACCACAUUCAAUACGUUUGUGCAGCGAUCCUUAAUUAUCUUCGCCGCUCUCCUGUGCUAUUACCAGUCCUGGGUCGGCGCGGACGGCGCGAUGGACUGCGAGAUAACACCAUCACCCGAAAUGCCGAGGUAUUCAACCAGCUAG